UGCCGUCUGGAGGUCGCUCGACGGGGAGGAGAGCAAAGCUUGGAGGACUUGGAGGAUCUCUCGGUGCGUCGAUCCGGAACGAGAGGUUCGAGCGGUUUGCAAAGACGCACACAAAAGAGAUCCUUGAGACUGACAUCCCCAAGAACGCUCAUCUUGUCCCUGAAUGGGAGAAACUCACGGAGGAGGCUGUGGAGCGCCAACGGGAGCUCCAGACCUCCGUGGUCGACGAGAACGACCUAACGGCCCUGCUCCGCCUGGCCGAGUUGUCGGAUCGAGACUUUACAGCUGAGCGGCAGAAUGCAAGGGUCGUCAUGUCUGGUCCCACGUGCAUCACACAAGACAGCAAGGAGCAGCUGCCAGAGGACCUCCGGCAGCUGCCGAUCCCGAUGCGGCCAUCAUGGAACAAGAAGAUGCGGAAGGAGCAGGUGGAGGCGAACGAGAAGGAGGCGUUCCUGGAGUGGAGGAGAGAGCUGGCGCGCAUCGAGGAGAACUUCGACGUGAUUCUGACACCGUUCGAGAAGAACCUGGAGUUCUGGAGGCAGCUGUGGAGAGUCGUUGAGAAGAGCGACGUGGUUGUACAGGUGGUAGACGCCAGAAACCCUCUCCUGUAUCGCAGCCCCAGUCUUGAAGGCUACGUGAAGAGCGUGGGAGAGUGGAAGACCAACGUCAUCCUCUUCAACAAGGCCGACCUCCUUCCUCACCGUGUUCGAGUGGCAUGGGGGCAGUAUUUUGACAAGAUGGACGUCAAGUACUUCUUCUUCGCCGCAAAGACGCAGAUCGAGGCAAGGUUGAAAGAGCAGAAGCAGAGCUCGAUCCCGGAGGACGGUGAGUACGAGGAGGAGUCUGCUGAGGAGGAGGUGGAGUACAAGGAAGACUUUGAGCAAGACUGCAUGCUGGGAGAGGAGGUGGAAGCGGACAUCAACUCGGACCACAAGACGAGGGUGAUGAACGCGGAGGAGCUGCUGGAUGCUCUUGAGUUUCUGGGAAGGGAGAGUGUGGAGAAGGGAGGAAGGCAAGUCUGCCAGGACGUGCGUGACGACGAGAGGAUGUCUCAGCUGUCGGGGAUGUCGGGGAUGUCGGGGAUGUCGACCGGCUCUCGCAGCCAGCUGGACUACAUCAUGAUUGGAUUCGUGGGCUACCCCAACGUCGGCAAGAGCUCGACUAUCAACGCGCUGCUGGGGCAGAAGCGAGUCGGAGUGACUUCUACCCCCGGAAAGACGAAACACUUUCAGACCCUCAUCGUCUCAGACUCCCUCAUGCUGUGCGACUGCCCCGGCCUAGUCUUCCCUUCCGUCGUCUCGUCCCGCGCAGAGAUGGUUUGCGGAGGAAUCCUCCCUCUCAACUCGCUCAAGGAUCAUAUCUCACCCAUGGAGCUCGUGAGCAGGAGAAUCCCACGAAUCGUCUUUGAGGAGUGCUACAACAUCGUCCUCCCCUCCAAGACGGCGACGGGAGCAGAACGCCAGUACAUCACAUGGACGGAAGUUUGUCAAGGAUAUGCGGUGGCACGAGGACUGAUCACGGGAUGUGGAGGAGGAGUGCCUGACACGCAUACUGCUGCUCGCAAGAUCUUGAGGGACUACGUGGACGGCAGAUUGAGGUUCUGCCACACGCCCCCUGGCCAGCAGGACGUCGCACUUGGUCCACUCCCGCACGCUCAGGAGGAGGACGGAGAGCUGGAGGAGGGAGGAGAAGCUCGGUCGGAGGCUGCACCCUCCUCCUACGCUCAUUCGAUGGCUUCUUCGCACGCGUUGGAGGAGCACGAUGCUGGUGUAGCCAUCGGGCAGGUGAAGAAGAACAGGAGAUCGAGACAAAACCGAGGACUGUCAGCAGGGGCCUGGGUUGAGGAUGAUGAGGCGAACAUGAUGAAGGAGAAGCAGGAGGCCAAGGUUUUCGCAGCCGGAGGGAAGAAGAAAGGAGGGAAGGCAAACGCUUUCCUCCGCGUCGAGCGACCUUACAGCGCAGUUGCUGUCCGUCCCAAGUCUGCGAUCCCAAUGGCGUGAGGUGUGAAUAUGUAGAUGAAGAGCUGUUUGGUGGUGUAAACUGUUGUACAAAAAGAAUUUUCAUCGGG